CGGGGCAGGGUGGCAGGCUGGGCUGACGUGAGGCUCCUUGCCGUAUGGGGGUUUAUUUUGCUUUGGGCCGCUCCAGCCGCCGCCAUUAGAGGAGCCCGGGGAGCGGGGCGAGCGGUUCCCCCCGGCCUCGCCGAGUGGGCGCGCCCGCGGCCGCGCCAGCCCGCCGCUGUGGGAGAGACCAUGUCCUGAGCGGGGAGAGGACGCCGCAGCCAGCGGGCCGGGGGUGGCGCGGGGCGCGGGCGGCUUCCAGCGCCGAGCGUGUGCCUGAGGGACGGCUCCCGGCGGCGGCGGCGGCGGCGCGGCCAGGCUACAUACGCUGUACUUGAACAGUCUCUACUCUCGUUAUCCAGCGCAUUAUAAACAAUGAAACUGGCAUAUGCAUUUAACACGUUGAUCUGUUUGUUGAUGCAAAAAUUAAAAGGAAUAGUUAUCUGCUUAGUCUCAUCCUUCGUACCUGGCAAUCUGAGGAAAAGGUCUGAGCCAGCAUGAAGACGGAAUCUCUUCUUCAUUAGAGAAAAACUUUCUGCCUGACGCAGUUCAUUUCAAGAAGUGCACGAUGACAGAACGUGGAAUUAAAUGGGCUUGUGAGUAUUGUACAUAUGAAAAUUGGCCAUCUGCAAUCAAAUGUACUAUGUGCCGUGCUCAGAGACCUAGUGGAACAAUUAUCACAGAAGAUCCAUUUAAAAGUGGUUCAAGUGAUAUUGGUAGAGACUGGGAUCCUACGAGCACUGAAGGAGGGAGUAGUCCUUUGAUAUGUCCAGAUUCUAGUGCAAGACCAAGGGUUAAAUCAUCUUACAGUAUGGAAAGUGCAAAUAAAUGGUCAUGCCACAUGUGCACAUACUUGAACUGGCCAAGAGCGAUCAGAUGUACUCAGUGCUUGUCUCAGCGCAGGACCAGGAGUCCCACAGAAUCUCCUCAGUCUUCAGGAUCAGGUUCAAGACCGAUUCCUUUUUCUGUUGAUCCAUGUGAGGAAUACAAUGACAGAAAUAAACUGAACACAAGGGCUCAGCAUUGGACUUGUUCUGUUUGUACAUAUGAAAACUGGGCAAAGGCCAGAAAAUGUGUCGUAUGCGAUCAUCCCAGACCUAACAACAUAGAAGCAAUAGAACUGGCAGACACAGAAGAGGCUUCUUCGAUCAUAAAUGAGCAAGACAGAGCUCGAUGGAGAGGAAGCUGUAGUAGUGGUAAUAGCCAAAGAAGAUCUCCACCUACAACCAAACGUGAAUCUGAUGUAAAAAUGGACUUCCAAAGAAUUGAAUUGGCUGGAGCUGUUGGCAGCAAGGAAGAACUUGAAGUUGACUUCAAAAAACUAAAGCAAAUAAAAAAUAGAAUGAAAAAGACUGACUGGCUGUUUUUAAAUGCUUGUGUUGGAGUUGUAGAAGGUGAUUUAGCUGCUGUCGAGGCUUACAAGUCAUCAGGAGGAGAUAUUGCGCGCCAGCUUACUGCAGAUGAAGUACGCCUGCUAAAUCGCCCUUCUGCUUUUGAUGUUGGGUACACGCUUGUACAUCUGGCUAUACGCUUUCAGAGGCAAGACAUGCUAGCAAUUUUGCUUACAGAGGUAUCACAACAUGCAGCGAAGUGCAUUCCUGCCAUGGUGUGUCCGGAGGUUACAGAACAAAUUCGUCGUGAAAUCGCUGCAUCUCUUCAUCAACGAAAGGGAGACUUUGCUUGCUAUUUUCUAACUGACCUUGUAACGUUUACGUUACCUGCAGAUAUUGAAGACUUACCGCCCACAGUCCAAGAAAAGUUAUUUGAUGAAGUACUUGAUAGAGAUGUUCAGAAAGAGCUAGAAGAGGAAUCUCCCAUUAUUAACUGGUCACUGGAACUGGGUACGCGCUUGGACAGCAGAUUAUAUGCACUUUGGAAUCGGACUGCAGGGGACUGCCUGCUUGAUUCAGUACUACAAGCCACUUGGGGCAUUUACGACAAGGAUUCAGUGCUGCGGAAAGCUCUUCACGACAGUUUACAUGACUGCUCACAUUGGUUCUAUACACGCUGGAAAGAGUGGGAAUCGUGGUAUUCCCAAAGCUUUGGUUUACAUUUCUCAUUGCGCGAGGAACAGUGGCAGGAAGACUGGGCAUUCAUACUCUCUCUUGCGAGCCAGCCUGGAGCAAGUUUGGAGCAGACACACAUUUUUGUACUUGCACAUAUUCUUAGAAGACCAAUUAUAGUUUAUGGAGUAAAAUAUUAUAAGAGUUUCCGGGGAGAAACGUUAGGAUAUACCCGUUUUCAAGGUGUAUAUUUGCCUUUGUUAUGGGAACAGAGUUUUUGUUGGAAAAGUCCUAUUGCUCUGGGCUACACAAGGGGCCAUUUCUCUGCUCUGGUUGCCAUGGAGAACGAUGGCUAUGGCAAUCGAGGUGCUGGUGCUAACUUGAACACUGAUGAUGAUGUUACUGUUACUUUUUUACCGUUGGUUGAUAGUGAGAGGAAAUUAUUGCACAUUCACUUCCUUUCUGCUCAAGAGAUAGGUAAUGAAGAGCAGCAAGAAAAGCUGCUUCGGGAAUGGCUGGACUGCUGCGUGACAGAAGGAGGAGUUCUCGUUGCUAUGCAGAAAAGCUCUCGUAGACGCAAUCAUCCUCUGGUCACCCAAAUGGUAGAGAAGUGGCUUGAUCGCUACCGACAGAUCCGCCCUUGUACAUCCCUUUCCGAUGGUGAGGAAGAUGAGGAUGAUGAUGAUGAAUGAUGAUGAAAUUGGAGCGAAAACUACCAGCGCAUAGUGUCUGACCCGGAGUUAGCAUUGUGCUAUAGCAGUUCGUUGUGGAACGACCUAAUUCUAGAAGAAACAUGCUGUAAAGGAUUUUUCUAACCGGCAUGGGGAGAAUCUAGAAGCUCAUCUGCUGUGUGAAGAGAGCUAAAUGGGCUGGACUACAGUUUGUACAAAAACAAAAAGAAACAAAAAACAGCUAAUUUUAUUAUCAAGACAGAAAAAAACCAUUUUUCUUUCUGAUUGUAAAUCUGUCUAUAAAUGUACCGCAUGUGGUUGUGUAAGAGGUUGUGUAAUAGGAAAAGUAUACCAGCAUCUUAAUUAUUGCAAAGAAAUUUUUCAACUAAGGGCACUUACGAAAGCACAUGUUAGAUGGAUAUCUGUUCCCUUUGAGAUUCUUUUACAGUAGAACUUGGUAUUCUACAUCAUCUUUUAGAUACUCUGACACGUUUCCGUGAAAAGCCCUUUUAUGUGAAAUCUCACUAGUGCCCGAGUCAGAUGGUGAGGUUUUUUUGUUUGCACAAAAUAUCCACAGCAAGUCAUACGUAAAAAACCAUUCAUUAUUUUACUAAUAUUUUAGUUACUGCUGUGCCCAUUAUAAUAAAAUCUAAUAUCUACGGAACAAACUGGAAGAGUAGCUAAAUUUUUCAUUGAGUGAAAUGAUCUCUUUCCUGAAAAAGUAUUUUAUGUGUUUUUUUUCUUCUAAUAGUUAAUAGAUUCCUUCAAUAUACUUAAGAAUAUUUAUUCCGAGAAGUGACCUAAAAUAAAAGGGUUUUAGUCCAGUGAGCCUAUACUUAAAAAAAAACCUUGUGUGAAAUUUGAGAAAUCAAACAUGAUUCAGAAUUUCAUAUUGCCCAAACUCAAUCUUGCUGUGAUACAAACUCUGUCAUUUUAUCAUUUAUUCUUUCAUCGAGCUAAACAUUGCUGCAAAUGAAAAAAACACCUUUUUAAAGGGUUGCUCCUUGGUCAUUAAAUCUAGUGAGAAAACACAUGGCAGUUCUAAUUAAAAAGAAGAAUCUAUGCUAAAGUUGUUUUUACAAGCACUGUGUUAUAUAUUUCUCAGUAUGUAAACCUGGGAAUUUCUUGCAUGUUGAUUGAUGUGGCCAUACUUAAACUUAUGUAAGUUCCUAAGAUUGUAAGUUCAGAGUAUAUUCUCCAGUAGAAAUUUUAUAUAUAUUUGGUAACUUUAGCCAUGUAACCUGUAAUGGAUAAAGUUUAUCUAAAGUCUCACUUAAACACUAAAGGUUAAUGCCAGUUUUUACAUAUACAGUGCAAUUCAGGUUGUCUUGAAAAGCACUUUUGAUGGUGUGGUGGUUGAACAGGGAAUUCUGCAGUAGAUUAAAUUGUUUUAAUGAGAAUUUGGAAAGAAGCCCCAUAGCACAUAUUUUUACGUAGUUCAAAGCUAUGGAAACCCUGAGGAACUUGCUGCUUUUUUUCUUCCAAAUGCUGCUUAGAUGGUGUUGAAACGUGCACAACUCCUACAUAAACUUGGUGACAACACCAAAAGUAUAGAAAUAAUGAAGUACUGUAUUAACUUAGCAAUUUUCCCAUCACAGAUUCCACUGAGGUUUAUUAUGAAAUGUUUUCACAUUUUUGGCCAUUCGAUCUCCUCUGAUUGGUGCAUGUGCAAAUUUUCAGGUAAAGGAAUGCAUGUUUAUCUGCAAUAUAUGUAUGAUUUACCUGAAUUAAAUAGGCAAAUCGUAGAUACUGAAGAGGUUCCUUACAAGCAUAUAGUCCUGUUCCAAGUUUGCUUUCUAAACUGAUAUAUCUAUUUUUUUGUCCUUAUUCUUCCAAUUUCUUCUUACCUUGCAGUGAAAUCCUCGUAUACCUUGUCUAAUUGAUGACUUAAGAGAGUCUCCGUCAGGGGACCUGAAUGCAGAGUAAGCUGGGGUGAGAAUUUGCGUUAUGUGAGCUGGUCUGCACCGUCUGCUUGGGCGGGUACCAUUUUUCUGGCAUGGCGUGACUCAGUACGCUUUUAGAAGGCCCUUUUAGCUCAGGGCUGAGCAUCCCACCACGGGAACCGCACGUGCAGUGACCAGACUGCUGUAAAUUCGUAUCCCAGCUUGCGCAGGGCUAACUUCCCUGUGCGGACACCUGUUUAAAUAGACAAAAAGAUAGGUUCCUACCUCCAGUAGGCUACUUCAAGGGACACGUCAAACCUUGUGCAAAACUUUACCCCUAGCCCCCCACCCCUCUCUUUUUGCAGUCAUGUUCCGUUUAAGGAAGUUAAGCUUCCUUGUAAAAUGGGGAGAAACAAAUGUGAAAAUCUACCUUGAGCCAAAUUCUUCUAAGAGCACACCUGUGCUUCUCCCUCCUGGUGACUCCCGGGCAGCCUGCGCUGUGGCCUGAUCGCCCCGUCCCCAGCACACACUUUACAUAGCAAGUGGAAGUUUACCGUACAGUCCGUGACAGCUGUAUUUACAAAGCAUGCACCGUGCUCGCUGAUACUUAGCCAGUUCUGGUAUGAGAGGACAGUCCUGGUACUCCAGAGCUUUUGGGCUUUCUCACUCGUUAUUGUUUUGUUCUGAUGUGCUGUAAAAUGGUAUGUUCAGGUUAAUGAGCUUCGCCGGUCAUUUUGGAGCUGGUGAAGUGUCUCUCUUCAAAUCAAAGUAAUCCAAACCUCAUGUACCUGUAGAUUAAAGAGAUGCAAACCCUUGCUUUGUGCUA